AUGGACGUCAAGAAGAAGUACGAGAUCGAGGCGGCCCUCGCGACAGAGGCCCAGGCCAUCUCGUCAGGCCAGCUGAAGGAAGAGAAUCCGCUAGAUCUGAGCGAUGAUUUCAGGGUCUUCUGUGAAGCAUGCCGGAGGGGGGACCUGAAGGUUUGCCAGGAGAUGAUAUCGACGGGUGUGAACAUCAACGCCAGAGACAAAUUCGAUUAUACGCCCCUUAUCCUAGCCAGUCUAUGUGGUCACUACGAAGUCAUCAGAUUGCUCCUUGAAAACGGCGCACUCUGCGAACGGGAUACCUUCCAGGGCGAACGAUGCCUGUACAACGCCCUCAACGAUCGCAUACGUAAUCUCCUACUAUCCUACGACUAUGCGAAAGCUUCGAAUCCACUUCAACCGCUGGCGGCACACAUUACUUCGCUCCUCACGCGACCCACGCCCAAGACAACAGACAUCACUAUCACAGCCUAUGGCCAAGAAUUUCACCUGCACAAGUUCCUCCUCGCCGCACGAUCGCCAUACUUUGCGAAGAAGCUGGAAGCAGCACCAAACACAACGUCGUGGAAAUUACCGAACACUAUACCUGCAGAGUCGCUAGGUGUGGCAUUGCAGUAUUUGUACUUUCAGGAAGUCUCAAUACGGAGAGCACUACACGGCUUGAGUGACGAGCAGGAGUUGGUGGUGCUCAAUGGCAUUGACAAGAUUGGCAAGCAGCUGGAGAUAGAACGUCUGUUCGAAGACAUCACAGAAGUCUCGGAUCGAAGAUUGUUGCGCCAGCGACGAGCCGAGGAAUUAGAGCGUGGCAGAGAUCAAUUAGAAAGCUGGUUCAAGAACAAUGUCCUCCGGCACAAGAGGAUCGUAGACACUGCACGGGUGGACAACAUACAAUGGGACCGGGAAAACUCCAUCUUCGCCGACAUACUACUUCGUGCCGACGAUGACGACGAGGACCAAGAUUCCGAGGACACAGAACGAUCACCAGGGCCAUCCGAGUCAUCCACGCCACCUGUGCGAAACACUCCUGGGCCCCUUCUAGGCAUACCAGUCGGAUUGGGCCGCUCACGUUCCAGGUCGCCUUCCCGCCAACGAGCACCCCGUAAAUCGACUAUUUUCCCUGCGCACCGAGCUAUGCUAUUGCGGUCCGAGUACUUCCUGACCAUGUUCAGCUCCCAGUUCAAAGAAGCACAAGACACGCCGCAUUUGCAGAUUGUGACCAUCGACUGCUCACCAGCAGUUUUGGAGACUAUCCUCACCUUCAUGUACACCGAACGUGCUGACUUCGGUUUGGAUAUUGCAAUCGACGUGCUCUUUGCGGCAGAUCAGCUCUUCAUUGAGAAGCUCAAGCAACGCGCUGCCAUCAUCAUUUCUGCAUUGGGUAACGGCGCAACCUCAGCAGUCGAGUCAGACAAUCCACGGGGUGCUACAGAUGCCGAUGAAGCCGUGGAUAUCUACGAGGUUAUCCGAGCUGGGUGGGACACGAGGGUGCAGCGUCUGGAAGAGUUCGCUGCACGUUAUAUCGCUUAUCGACUGGAACACUACAUAGACCAACCCGAGUUUGCAGAGCUAGUCCAAGAAUCUGCGAAUCGCGUCAAGGCACGUCAAGAGACUGACACUGUCGAACUCGUCGACGAUAUCCGGUACUACCUCUCAGAACGAUUCAGACUUCGCUUUGAAGACAGCGGCCUAGAUGAGAUGAUGGAUGAGAAUGCAGCCAUACAAGCUAGUACUGAAGGAGAUCUUGUCGACGCAAUGGGCGACUUCGCGCUAGAAGAUGGUAUACCUGAUAAGGUGCAGCAAGACGAGAACAUUGCGUCGGUUGAGCAGCAAAUCGCUGCUGGUGUCAUUAGAAACUUGGACGGUGAGGAAGUUGGUGAUGAGUUUGCUCAAGACGCGAUGAAUUAUCAAAUCUUGCUCGGGAAGAUAGAUACAUUGCUCGAGAAGUUGAACUUGGACGCUUAG